UGGAGGCGGGAUAACGUGACCGACUGGCUAAUUCCAGCAAAGUUCAACCCGUGACGCAAGGACCCUCUUCAGCUUUGCCCCUCAUGAGACUCUUUUCAUCCAUUUGGAUUGCUUACCAGCGAUUGAUUCACAUUGUUUUCUCUCCACUUGGUUACGCCGCAAUGACAAAUACCCUUACCGGUGGAUUCUUUCCCACCCAAUGUAGCAAUGCCAACCACGGCUGAGAAAGAGUUGAUUCCCUUUCAAAGAAUCGAUAUUCAGGUGAAUGACCGGGGGACCAUGGAGGGCUAUAAAUACCCCCAAUGCCUUUGUCCGGUCACUGUCUGUGCAAAGCCGUCACCUAUAAGGCUGACGUCGAGGCACCGCUCAUCACCGCGUACGAUCACUGCGACGAUUGCCAGCGUCAGAGUGGAUCAACUUAUUCUCUCGUCGCGGUAGUGCCUAAAGACAAAUUGACGAUCAAUGGACCCACCAAGAGCUACGCAGGAACGGGAUCUUCAGGCAAAGCUGUGCACCGAAUUUUCUGUUCGGAGUGCGGCUCCCCUAUUGCCCACGACCCAGAAGCAGCCCCGGAGAUCAUCGCCUUGAAGGCCGGAACCCUUGAUGUGGAGAUUAAGAAGACCUUGAAGCCUGACACCGAAAUCUGGACGGUCAGUAAGCUUCCAUUCUGCCAGGAGCAUCUCGCGAAGCCUUUCAAGAACAUGCCGGAAUAAACAUAUCACGGCGGAUGGAUGAUUUUCACAAGGCACAAUAAUUUGGACGAUGAAUAGUUUAUGACCUAUCUAAUAAAUGAAACUGGAAUGGCAAUUGAGAAAUUCGCACUUGGUGUAACUUAGUACGCUACGUACCUGCACCGCACACCCUUUAGGU